AUGCCUCAGAUGUCCGCACCACCUCUCAUGAACCCUCCGCCUCAGAUCUUUGGCGCUUAUGGGAACGAUGGAUUGCCGAUGCCACCGAAUAUCGGCGAUAUCUCACAGGCAAUAUUUGGAGACGGGACGCUGCUGGACGAGAGCAAUGAGGCAAAGAGGAGGAGAAUCGCAAGGGCUUGUGAUAUGUGUAGGAAGAAGAAAAUCAAGUGCGAUGGUAAAAUGCCAGCUUGUACCCAUUGCAUCAACUAUAAGACGGAAUGUGUAUUUACACAAGUGGAGAAGAAGAGGAAUCCACCGAAAGGUGCGAAAUAUAUUGAAGGACUUGAAAAUCGUUUGGGGCGAAUGGAGAGUUUGCUCAAAUUGUCAGGGCUUUUGAAAGAAGAUGACAAUGGUCGCACGGACUUGGGAACAUUAGAGAAACGUCUUGCAGAGACUCAACAGGCCAUGAGGGCGUCGCAGGCUCCUACGUCGGGACCAAACUCGCCGUCGCAAAGCUCGCCUGGCCUCGACCAUAGUAAUACGGUAACUCCAAGAAGCACUCUUGCUUCGCCGGAACCACCGAACCGUAAUGGUGAUAAGCGUCACUCUCAUGUGUCUGCUAAGGCCGAGGAGGAAGAAGAAGGGGAGAAGCAGGAAGGUGUGGAGGAGCUGUCUGACAUGAUGUGCUCCUUGGUUACUAAUAAUUGCGGUGAGACGAGAUACAUCGGAUCUUCUUCUGGAUUUUCCAUCUUCUCUCCAAAGGGUAUUCAAUGGGUGAACGAGAAGACUGGUGACUCUUGUUUUCAAGAAAUGAUUUCAUCAUCUUCAGUCGACGAUCAAAAGUCUAUGUACUGGAAACCUGAAGUCUUCGAUCACCUUUUCGAGCGUCGGGUCUACAGGCAACUACCACCAAAAAAUGAGUGUGUCUCUCUCAUGAAGGACUUCUUUGAGAACUUCAAUUGCAUGUUUCCGCUAUUCCACCAGCCAACCUUCAUGCACUUGGUUGAACGACAGUACUCGGAAGAUCCUUAUGAUGGAUCUGGAUGGUGGGCAAGUCUCAACGUGGUGUUGGCCAUCGCCCACAGACUACGUGUUAUGAGUAAUUUAGUCCCAGCCGAGGAGGACGAGAAAGCUUGGGGAUAUAUGAAGAAUGCUUUGGCCGUUUUCACGGAGCUAACAAUGCGCAAUACCGAUCUCCUGAGUGUACAAGCGCUGCUAGGAAUGGCUCUCUACCUUCAGGGAACACCAAAUCCACAACCAUCAUUCUUUCUCGUCGCGGCUGCUAUUCGUCUCUCACACAGUAUUGGUCUUCACAAGAGAGGCUCUGGAUUUAAUCUCAACCCGGUCGAAAUCGAACAGCGAAAGCGAGUUUUCUGGAUUGGAUAUAUGUUGGACAAGGAUAUUUGCUUGAGAUCUGGUCGACCUCCAGCGCAAGACGAUGACGAUAUGAAUGUGGAAUUACCUGGAGCGGAUCCUGAUGAUGGUAUUGGCAACAUUCCUUUGGCUGAUGGAAAGGGCAAGGUUAAUCUGUUCCGCCUGAUGUGUGAGUUUGCAACCAUUGAAAGCAAGGUUUACAAACAGCUCUACUCGACCAAGGCUUCGAAACAGACCGAUGGAGAACUAUUGAAUACAAUUGGGGAACUAGAUCGUCAAUUGGAGGAGUGGAAAGAUAGCAUACCAAUCGAUUUCCGGCCAGAACAUGAAAUCAAGGCAUCGCAUACGCCAUUAAUACUUCACGUCGUAGUCUUACAUUUCACCUAUUACAAUUGCUUGACGACCAUUCAUCGAAUGUCGAUUCAUCACGGGUAUUGGACGAGUCGAUUGUCGAAUUAUGCUAUUUCUGGACUGAACGCAAGGGCACUGAAUCCUCGUGUCUUCUCUUCCGCCGCUCUUUGUGUUUCUGCUGCUCGAGCUUCAAUUCAUUUGAUCAAAUACGUACCACAGGGAGACUUUCAGUGUGUUUGGCUCAUAUUGUACUUCCCCGUUUCGGCGCUUGUGACAUUAUUUGGAAAUAUUUUACAGAACCCACAGGAUCCACGAGCCCGCGCUGACGUCCGAUUAAUGAGCAUGGUCGUCAGUUUCUUGUCAUUAUUGACUAAAGAAGCAGAACAUGGUGGUGUGAAACGAAUGUUGGGAGUCUGCUCCGAGUUUGAGAGAGUUGCCAAGGUCGUUUUAGACAAGGCAGAAAAGGAAAAUUCUUCGAGAAGGAAACGUAAGAGUGAUGCCAAUCAGGAUAUCAAGACGAAGCACGCUCCUCCACCACCAAUGCCAAACGGAAUGAUGCCGAACAUGGCUGGAAUGUUCUCACCGCAAAUGAAUGGGGGCAACAUGCAGAACGGUUAUGGAGGCAGUCCGAUGAAUAACCAGGGUUCCCCAGCACCGACUUGGAAUCCUGAAACCGAGUUUGCACAUGAUUUUUCAAAUCUACCUCCUGGUAUUUCAGCGUUCCAAGAUAUGGUAUAUGCACCACCGAAUGGACAAAUGGGCUCUCCUCUCAACAUGAGCAACUUCCAGCAACCAUUUGUCCCUCAAGAUCUCUGGCAAAUGCCGAUGGGACUUGAUUGGGAGUGGGCUGAUAUGACGGGUCAAUCGUAUUCGACGUUUGAGAAUGGGCUCAUAGGAGAUCCGACGAUGCAGAAUGUUAAUAAUCAACAUCUUCAACAUCAACCGAUGUAG